AGGUAUUCCCCCAUCGAUCAUCCCUUCAAGACUGCGUUGGCGCGACGAUGGCGCAACAGCAGCAACAGCAAGGCAUGCCGCCGCCGCCACCGAUGCCUUCGGAGGAGCAGAUGGCGCUGAGCGAUGCCACAUUCCGGCAAGUGCCGCUCUCGCUGGACCCUAACUCGCUCCAGCUCGGCUCCCCCUCGCACGACCUGACGAUCCUCAAUGCCCUCGUGCGCUCGCUCCGGGCCCUGCCGCCCCAGGUGCCCUUCCCGCCGCCGCCCAACGUGGUCCCACCACAGCGCUCGAUGGCCAUCGGCAAGGCCAAAGACGAGGGCAAUGUGGCGUACCGAAAGGGCGACUACGCCGAGGCGAUCAAGCUUUUUACUCUCGCCCUCGACGUGGCGGCCUCCCGGCCGCUGUGGGAGAGCAACCAGCUGGCGCGCGACGAGAUGGCCCUCUGCCUGGCCAACCGGAGUGCCGCCUUUGCGCAGGAUCUCAAAAAGGCAAUCAACGACCUCUCGACGGGAGCGGCAAACAAGGUCACAGCGUCAUCUUGAUGUUUGGAAUCACACCGUUCUGUCCUCUAUAUUGUAGCCAAACCGUUUUCUUCCUUCGACAUGACUUCCCGUAAUGCCACAGUGGCUCAGCAGCCUCGUCGUCAUCGGCCGCGCUUCUUGGUAGAGACGUGGUCCCUUCUUUGAGAAGGAUACUUCUUUGAGCAAGUCUCCUCCGAUUGCUGACUCCCAGUAUCUCGAAUCAUUGUCGUCGCUGUGCCGGUUUACAGCAUUGAUGAACGCAGUGACUAACCCACGCGAACUUUCGGUAUUGGCGGGCGCUGGCGGAGUUGCC